GGGUCCAAAACCAUGUAUGCUUCUUCCGCAUCGGACUGUCGGAAGUGCCAAAUAUGCUGUAUCUGUUGAUGUUGCUUCGUCUGUGUUGCUGUCUGAGUGAGCACAGGUUGAAAGUGCUGUACGCGUUUGACAAGGAUGCCAGAAAUUGGACGGGUGAUCACAAGGCAAUCGGGUUGUGCAACCAACCGGCUGAUACACUGUCGUUUUCUGCAAUUGUUCUAGAAGAACCGGUCCCCAUCCCAUACUCCGCACUCUCUCCAAGCCAUAUGCUUUCGUUUUCGGGGUUCACAAGUUCGAGGCGAUGCGGAGAGGACAAAUGAUGGGAGGACGGCAAGAUUCGAUACACAUGUGCCAUUUCCGUUCUAUUUAGCCAGAUGACAGAUCAGAGUGUGCCUAUGACCCCUCGGCGAGCUC